GUAGAAAAUGAAGGCUAAUCAUGUUUUGGGUGUACUAUUCCUUUAAUGCAAGGCUGGCCCCACCUAUAACUACAACAAUUAUUCAAAUUUGAGCACGAAUAUCAACCCAUUUGAGACCCAAAUUAGCUUGACAUAGUACCAUAAGAGUUUUCUGAUUCGAUGAAUUUAAUAAAGUCAAGUGGGUCCUGCACAGAGACCCACUGUGAACCCACGCCAACUUUGUCCCUAUUCAGCCUGAGUAAGAUCCACAUGGUUCCCGCAUACAAAUGUUGGCCGGGUCAAACCAAUCCUCGCUAACAUGGGGGCAGGUAUUUGUUAGCUGGUGCAUUUGCUCAAGUCCAGUGACUCUUGUCUUUGUAUUUUGCAUACAGGGAAAAUCCUUCAUCAAGGAUGCUCUGAAGUGCAUGGCCCACGGUUUACGGCACAAGUUUAGCUGCAUAAGUAGAAAGUGCGUGACCAUCAAGGAGAUGGUGUUCCAGCUACAGAGAGAGUGCUAUGUGAAGCACAACCUGUGCUCUGCUGCAAAGGAGAAUGUGGCAGUCAUUGUGGAGAUGAUCCAUUUUCAAGAUCUUUUUCCUAAAGGCCCAUAUGUGGAGCUGGUGAAUAUUCUCCUGAGCUGUGGCGAGGAAGUCAAAGAAGCCCUGACUCGUAGCGUCAGACUACAAUGCGAGCAGAACUGGGGGGCACUGUGCGACAGCCUGAGCCUCUGCUCCUCCCUCGUCCCGUCUCCUGCCAGCGCCGUCGUCCAACACCACCGCCAUGCCUUUCCUGCUCCCCACCUAGAGCCAGAACACCCGCUUGUUCCACGACAAGGCGACAGGGACAGAGCUGGUAAGGCGGUGCUCAAUGCUCUCCCACGUAAUCGCAGUCAGGGGCCCCGCCGCCACAGUCCAGAGGCGGCAGUGGCGACUGAGCAGGAAGACCCCAAGGCCGACGUCCGAAGGUGAAAGCUCAAGAGGUUUGCGCGGCCCUUUUAACAUUUAAAAGUCACAUUUAUAGACCUAUACACGCAUCCAUGACAUCGCAAGAAAACAAGCAUGCACACACACACGUCUACAAAACAUAAUUUCAAAGACAGACUCAGCAGAAGGAAACGAGUCCAGAUCUUUCCUUUUCUCUUCUGCCUCUCCAGUCAUUCCAGCAGUCCCACAUGGUAAACU